AAGGCUAUACAGAGAGAAUCGUUGAUGAAGAAGUUGACCGUCCUGAACGCGAGUGAAUCUAUCGCCCGGCGCCGAGAGAAGAUGAGGAGGGAGUCCUUGGCCAGGGAGGAUAGGAGGUUAGAAGAUGUGUUGGCGACACCACCGAGUCAGCAACCGCCUAGUCAACAGCCUUCAGUAGGAGCCAGGUCGUCCCAGGCUGCCGUUGUGGAUGAGGAAGCCGGUAUUAUUACUAUCACGAUUCCGGCUACUGCGUCGACUUAUUCCGAUGCGACAUCUAUGAGUAGGCUGGUCGACUCUUUAUUAUUCCCGGCGGAUGAGGCGCGCCUAAACCAGAUGGGUGUAGUUGCUGCUGCCGAUUGGGGUGCAUCCCGCGCCUUUCAGGUACUCACUAGCAGUCUUCAUCUGAGGAAGUCUGUCGUGGCGCAGGAGAAGCGGAUACAGGAUGUAUCCAAGGCCAACAUUGGUUUACGACAGAGGGAGGCAGCAUCCAGGAAGGCUGAGCAGGACAGUCAGCAGCGCCUCAGGGAUAGUAAGGCCGAGGUCGAGAGGUUACGGCGUGAGUUGGCCGAGAGAACCGCGGAGGUCGAGUCCCUCAGGGAGCAGUGCAUCUCCAUUGUUGAUGACGCCAUCAUUAAGGCCCGAGGCAAGCUCAUGCUGGAUUUCAAGGAAGGGCGGACCUUUCUUUGGGAUCCGAAUGAAGACAUUUUGCUCAUGCGGGAGUUGUUGGAGGAAGGAGCUGGUCAUCCGGGGGGGCAGGACGAGGAGCAGGCGCCUGACCUUAGUCAGCUGGGGUAGUCGGGUGUUGGGGACGUGAGCGACCGGGCUGCGGGGCUGAGCGCUAGUGGUG